GGCGCGCGAGGCAAAACAACAGUAGCCCCGUUUUAAACAAUCAGUUGGACUGCAAAAUCCACACACGCAAACCGCAUACAUGACAAACUUCGUGAUAUUUUUAUAUUUAAAGUGAAUUUAACAUUUUAAACAAAUUAAAAAUUAAUUUCUCUCAAUUUUUAAUUAGCAUAAAAUUAAACAGAUUAAAAAUUCAAUUAAGUUAUUUAGGAAACAAAUGCCGGAAUAUCCGGUAGGAUGUUAGUAUUCAGUUGAAAUGUGAUGUGGCAUUAACGAACGGAAAUGAAUCGCAACGUGUUCAUAGCUUUUAUUUGCACAUCUCUUGCCGUUACCUUUCAGACUACAGACUUUCAAGACAACCUUAUCAAUGGGUACCGUACAUUGAUAGCCGACAUACAAGUGAGAACACAAAAGUCUAGAGAGGACAUGGACACUCUUGUAUCACAAAUUAAACUUCUCAUGAAGAACGAAGCAGACAAAGCUAUAAAUUACAUGACGGUGUAUCUCGAACAAAUAUCUUUAUACUUUCAGAUAAUAAUUCAUGACCGCAAGCCGCGUAACGGAACGUACUGCAAGGAAAGUAUUGUCAAACUUUUGGGAGAAAAUUUACAACUGGCCGAUGAGAAUGUAACAUUAUGCCUCGCUCUUGGUUACCAAAGAGUACAAAGGCUGCCAGAAAAGCUACAAGUCCAUUUCGAAACUUUGGAAAACUUGAAAAAAUAUUCAGCAUCUAAAUUAUUCGAAUGUCAAAAGCAGCAGCAAGUUGGUGGUAAUUGCUCUCACGAGAGUCAAGAUCUCGAGAGGACAGUUUUCCUGUACGAAACAUCACCGUUUCCGGUUGUGAUGGCGGAAAUAGCUAUCCAUGGCUUCAAAGAGGUAUCAGAUCUGAGUGUAUGUCUUAAAGAUAUAAUAUCUAGAAUGAUGACUCACUCCGUCAAAGUGAUCGGAGACUUCAACAGAUGUAUCCAUAACAUUGAAAUGCCUAAAUUAAAAUAUUUGUUGAAAUUCAUGAAGAAAUAUGCAUAAAUAAACCAAUAGGGAUUAUAUAUCCCAUUCAUUUGGUACAACAUUAUUCAAUAUUAAUUAAAAAAUCUUCUGUAAAUUAAUUCUUAUAAUUGCCAACUAAAAGACAAAUAAAUUAA